CGGAAUUCCCACCCUUCCCUCCUCCUCACCUUCCCUCUACUCUAUAUAAAGUAAACCCAAAAUCCCCCAACAGACAAGAAACACAAAAAACAAACGUUGUGAAAAGCAACCAAAAAGGAGGAAAAAACCAAACAAACGAACGAUCAUCGGCAAAAAAAAAAGAGCAGAACUCCGGCCAAAUAUGUCCCUUGCGGUAUCCAACUCCCCCGUCUUCUCCCCGCCGUCCUCCCUCUUCCUCAACCGGGCCACCUCCUUCAACAUCCCCAAUUCCCCGGCGAAUUUGACCCCGACCAGCCACUUCAAAUCCGCCUGCCGCUCCCCUUCUCCUUCUUCUUGCUCUCCUUCCUCUCCGCACUCCCCUUCUUUCCGGUUACGCCUCCAGAAGACAGCGGCGGUGGGAUCGGCACCGGCUAUUCCUUCUUCCUCUUCUUCUCCUACCGUGUCCAAGAGGAAACGGCCGGCCAGGCUUGAUAUCCCCGUUUCCGCGAUGGGAUUCGGGGCGCCGGCCAAUCCGGCUGCCGCCGCCGAACUGGCCGAGGUGGAGAGGGAAGGGGAUGGGUACUCCGUUUUCUGCAAGAGAGGGAGGAGAGAAGCCAUGGAGGAUCGCUUCUCUGCCCUCGUCGGAAUUCAAGGAGAUCCCAAACAGGCUUUCUUCGGUGUUUUCGACGGGCACAACGGGGCCAAGGCCGCGGAAUUCGCGGCGGCGAACCUGGACAAGAACAUAUUCAAACGGCUCGCCGGAGAAGAAGAAGAAACGGAGGACGGGAUUAAGCAAGGGUAUCUCGAAACGGAUUCGCAGUUUCUGAAGCAGGAAGCCCGCGGCGGAUCUUGCUGCGUCACCGCCCUGAUCCGGAAAGGCAACCUGGUGGUCUCCAACGCUGGCGAUUGCCGCGCGGUCGUCAGCAGAGGCGGCGUCGCGGAGGCGCUCACUUCCGACCACCGCCCCUCCAGGGAAGACGAAAGGCACCGAAUCGAAUCCACGGUAAGCAGCUAACAUCUAAAUCAAAUUGACAUUAGGUUAAAAUUGAAGAACUGGGGAAGGGAACUCAAUUGAAAUGAUUAUGUUUUUCAGGGAGGGUACGUCGAUUUGGUCGGCGGAACUUGGCGAAUUCAGGGGUCGCUGGCGGUGUCAAGGGGAAUCGGAGACGGGCAUCUGAAACAAUGGGUGAUUGCGGAGCCGGAGACGCGGAUUCUGAGGAUCCAGCCGGAGAUCGAGUUCGUGAUCUUGGCCUCUGAUGGGUUGUGGGAUAAGGUGAGCAAUCAAGAAGCAGUGGAUGUAGCAAAGGCUUUGAUGGAAUCGCAGCAGCCGCCAUUGAUGGCCUGUAAAAAGCUUGCUGAGCUCGCCGCCUCGAGAGGCUCUUCCGACGACAUUAGCGUGUUGAUUGUCCAGUUGGGCCGCUACAUUUGAGCCCAUUUCUUUAGUUGGGCUUAGCCUUUUUAUUAUUUCUUCUUUUCCCCACCAACAAUUAUUGGGAGCUUUUUUAUUUAGGCUCGAAAUUGUUAGGCUGAUUCGUUUAAUCCCAUUCUUUUAUUCAUUAUUAAUCUCACACCUCUGUUCUAAUUUGUAAAUGAUGAUCGAUAUUUGAUGGCUACAUCCAUAA